AUGAAAUAAAAAAAAUAGUAGUUAGGAGAAAUCAAUAUUAAUAAACAAUAUAAUGAAUAAUAACUAAGAGAAGUAUAUUUUUAAAUAAGAGUAGAUAAUUCAAAAAUUACUUGCUAAAGAAGCAAAUUAUCAAAUUGAAAUUGCAAAAUUAAAAGAAUAAAACAUCGAAACUAUAUAAAAAUAUCAUAAAGCUUUAAAGUAAAUAGGAGAAAUGGAAAAAACAUAAAAAAAAGUAAGAAGAAAAUAAAUUAAAUUAGGAUUAAAUGUAUAUUUAACAAAUAGAUAAUUUUUUAUUGGAGGCAAAAAAGAGAUUUGAUUAAAAUAAAAAAUAAUAAACUGAUCAUUAUGUUGAUGCAUUAUUAGAAAUGACCAAAUAAAGAGAUGAAUAUUUGAAAAGAAAUAUUCAACUUGAAAUUAUAGUGAAUGAAUAGAACGAAUAAAUUGAUAAAUUAAAACGUUAAACAACCAUAAUACCAUCUGCUAGUUAAUAAUAAUUCAGUAAUCCUUUAAGUACAAAUGAAGAAGUAAUUUAAUCUGAAAGCUAAGUAAAUCAUCAUAAAAAAUCAUCAAUUUAUUCAAUGAAUACUCAAGAUUCAAUAAUAAAUGAUGAAGAGAAGGAAGAUCAAUUAAUGACAUUUCUACAUUAACUUGAUGAAUAAUAAGCUAAUUAGUUGUAUAGUCUCUUCAGUAGCUUAAAUACUGAUCUCGAUUCAAAAACAAUCAAGAAAGAUCCUUUAUUUUAAAACAUAAUCUCAAAUAUGAAUCACCAUUCCCUUGUAGAACAAUAAAGCUCAUUCAGUUUUUCACAAAAAUGGAAUGACAAAGAAAAUCAUUAUUUUUGA